AUGACAGAUGUGGUCUCUACGCCUCGGCCACGGCGGUCAACCUCUUCCUCUGGUGGCAUCUCUGCCCAUUCGGCCAUGGAACGAAGAGCGAGCCAGGAGACGGACGAGGGACCAAACUCUGCAGGCUCUGCUGGCAGUCGCGCGAGCAGAAAGCGCGUUACGUCCAUUGAUAUCGAGGAAGCGAACACCUCUAAAGUGAGAAACCUCAGCUUGGAGACCAGACCGAUGAGUAGCCAGAGCGGCAAGGAUACCAUCUGUCUCUGCACGCCCGGACUCAAGAUCCCAAGGCCUCGCAACCCCUUCAUACUGUAUAGACAACACCACCAGGCUACCGUCUCCAGCGAAUUCCCAGGCCUUUCCAACCCAGAUAUAUCCAAAAUCAUAGGACAGCGGUGGAAAUCACAGGACCCGCGAGAGAAGGAAAUUUGGAGGCAACUUGGAGAAGAGGAGAAGAGACGGCACGCGGAAGACUACCCAGAUUACCGCUAUCGGCCUCGUCGGGGUAGAUCUAGGAGUCAAACAGGAUCGUCAGCCUCGACUAAUCCAGGACGGUGCCCCAACUGUGGUGGCAGAUUCAUCGCAACGCCGAGAACGCCGUCAACACCAGCAGGCACACCGACAGUCGCAAAACCAAAAAUGCAGCCGCAUCACCCGAGCGAGGCUCGCAGCGGGGACAGCGAUCACCUUCGGCGUGCUUUACCUGGAGAGAAACAGCCCUACCAACACCAACACAACAACUUGCGGGACGUGGAAGAAGGAUACGAACCAAUGUCGCCAUCCCCCGAGCUCAAACGACGCCGAAUCAACCCCUCUACGGGAUAUUACCAGGCAGUUCCUUCAUCCGGUCCAUACACAGGCCAUCCUCUAUCGAGGCAGCCUAGGUCAUCGGUGAGUAUGCCUCCUACGCCGCCUAUCGCCGGCUACGGGCCUUUGCCCGGUCCAUCAUCACUCGCGAGGCCCGGGUAUAGUAACAUGGCGCCCCCUCCUCCACGACCGCCCCAUCCGGCGAACGCGGGGCCAAGCCGCGGCCCGGGCUACGAUGAGAGUCUUCGACUGCCGCCCCUCCAGACCCAGUCGUCUCCGCCAAUCAACAGAGACAACGAUAUAAGCGACCGCCCGAGUGCACACCCAAUGACUGGCAUGGGCAUCGCAAACCCGAGAGAUAGAUAUGCUCAAAGCCUCGAGGCCAUGAUCAUGACGAUUCCUUUCUGGAGCAAGCUGAAAGUCCUGCAAAAGAUCAGCCCGACCUUGGCUCCGCCGGAACCGGCCAGUCCUGAAAUCGAGAUUCGCGGCGCAGUCGUUGCCGUUGAAGGGGCUGAUCCUCGACAGCUAGAGCAGGUGGGAACGGCAGUGCAUCGGUCUCUCCUCGGCUUGAGCGAGAUUGAUCUGAAGACGUGGAGCGAGGGACCGAGUACGCCGUUGUCUGGCCUGUCGGCCGAAGAUGACGCAAGGAUGAACGACACGGCCUCUGCUGGCGGCAGCAGCAGGAAGAGCAGCCAUUCGCAGCCCAACUUACACGCCUCGGAGCUGUUCUCUAACUAUAUGGAGAGCAUCCUGAAGUGGCAUGUGAAGUCGCGAGAGAUCAUCAAACACGUCUCCACUAAGCCGACUUUCGCAUCGAAUCCGCCUCCGCUCACGAGGCGGGCAUCGGAGGGGGAGGGUGUCGGGUCUCGACAUAGUUCGAUAUCGGUACCCAGCAAAACACCAGUUGCGCUGCUCCCCGCGGGAUUCAGUUUGACUCUAUCAGACAAGUACGCUUGCACAUUGCCCAUCUAUGAUUGCUAUGCCCCAAUCGACCAUUGGCAAUGGGUAUCGACUUUGUGGAGGGGAAUCAUUGGACCGGACCUUGUCAUCUACGUCAAGUCAGUGACUGAGGAGGAAAUCACUCACGCAGGUGCAGUUGAGUUCCGAGGCCACGGUGUGAUGGUGUUUAGUCGCAGGUGCCGCAGCAGCAGCAGCAAGCUCCAAGCUCCAGCGCGUUUAUCCGAUUGGGACGCGCUCCCGAUGGCCCCCUGGGUGACAUCCAAACACAACACUCACAACCGCGGAACAAUGUCGGAGCUCGCAGUUGGCCAGACGGUACGUCUAUCAGACGGCCGGACUGGCAUCGUUCGCUUCGCCGGUGGAACGCACUUCGCUAGCGGUGAUUGGGUGGGCAUUGAGCUUGAGGAUGAUAGCGGGAAGAACGAUGGCAGCGUUCAGGGCGAGCGAUACUUUGACUGUGCCCUUGGGCAUGGCAUGUUUGUGCGCCCGACGACAUUGGCCAUCAUCGCCCAGGCGCCUGCUCCGGCGGCGAAGCCAGCAGCUCGCAGGCCUAGCCGGCCGAGCAGCUCCAAUCCUGGCGCUGGGAGGACGACCAGCGACACGGGUUUGACCAAGAGGAUGAGUCUGAAUGCGCCGAGUCCUAGUCCGGGACCUAAGGUGUCCCGGCCGGGGAGUACAUUGAGGCUCGGAUCAGCAACAUCGAGUACCGCGCCAUCGCGAACUACCACACCGUCCAAUACACGUACACCAGCCACAGCUGCCAAAACGCGGCCAAGCGUGGGAACCUCUCGCAGCUCCAUGGGACCUCCACCGAUACCCGCCAAUAGAACCACGAGACAACCCUCGACAUCUUCAGCUCCCACACGGCCCACCCCAGGAAGACCUAAUAGUGGUCGACUUUCCAUCUCUGGACGGACUGCGGGUUCUGCGAGAAGGCCCUCCGCGGACAUGGGAGCUGGGAAGAACGCCGACAGCGGCGAAGACGCAGGUGCCACGUCUCCCAACAAAGAUGGCGAGACAAGCCCCGUGAGAGCAAGGACAAAGGCUUUGGAGAAGCUCACAUCAGGCUCCGCGUCUACAACGCCUACAAGCUCAACAAAACCAGCGACAACCGCCCGUUCUACACCAAAUGCCGCCGCUGCGAAUAGAGAGAUAGAGGACCUCAAGGCCAAGCUGAAAGUGCUUGAGAGAAAGAGAUUGGAGGACAGAGAGAAGUUGAAGCAAUUGGACCAGGUCCAAGGCGAGCGGGACAGAUUCCAGUCGAUCAUAGAAAAGUUGCAGGCGAAAUAUCAGCCUCAGCAAAGCGAGAACAAUGAGUUGCGAAAACAAUUAAAGGAGGCAGAGGAGAGGUUCGAAUUCAUUGAAUCAAUGCAGAUGGAGCAUGAGACCGCCUUGGAGCUGGCCACAUUGGACCGUGAGAUGGCUGAAGAGACGGCCGAGGUUCUUAAGGUUGAACUUGAGGCUCUGAAGCAGAAGUCGGAAGAGCUUGAGCUCGAAGUGGAAAUUCUCCGCGAAGAGAAUGCGGAAUUCGGCCAGGGUAUGUCAGCGGAAGACCGAGCCAGCACCGGAUGGCUGCAGAUGGAGAGGACGAACGAGCGGCUCCGCGAAGCUCUCCUGCGAUUGCGCGACUUGACUCAGCAACAAGAGGAGGAGCUCAAGGACCAAAUCAAGACUUUGGAGGAUGAUCUCCAAGAAUUUGGCACCGUUAAGGAGCAGUUUGAUGCGGCGAAAGAAAAGUUGGCCCAAUCCGAGGCUGCAGUUGAGGAUCUUCGGCAACAACUCGAUAAUGCUUUGGGCGCUGAAGAUAUGAUCGAGGACCUCACUGAGCGUAACAUGAGCAUGUCUGAGCAAAUCGAAGAACUCAAGGCCGUCAUCGAAGAUCUCGAAAACCUAAAGGAGAUCAACGACGAGCUGGAGAUCAACCACGUCCAGAACGAAAAGGAGAUGCAAGAGGACCUCGACUUCAAGGACAGCGUCAUCACGGAGCAGGCGCGACGGGCGGGCGAGCAAGAGGAGGCCCUGGAGGACAUGGAAUACACCCUGUCCCGCUUCAGAGGACUGGUCACAAGCUUGCAGAGCGACCUCGAGGACAUGCGGGCGUCACAUGCUGUGACCGAGACGGAAUCCGAGCAGCUUAACAGCAAGUCUCGCGCUAUGAUGGACCUGAACAUGAAGCUCCAGAUCUCCGCCUCCAAGGCCCAAGUCAAGACGAUCGACCUCGAGCUACGACGACUGGAGGCUCAGGAGGCCGAGCAACACUUGGAGAUUGUCAAGAUGUUCUUGCCUGAUACCUACAAGGAGGACCAAGACUCUGUGCUUGCUCUGCUGAGGUUUAGGAGAUUGGCCUUCAAGGCCGAGCUCCUGCAGUCGUUCAUCAAGGAGCGUGUCAACGGCCAACCUCAUCCUGGCCACGAGGACGACGUCUUUGCUGGCUGCGAUGCUAUUGACAAACUUACAUGGGUCGCUUCUAUGUGCGAGCGCUUCACUAACGCCAUCAGCCACUGCUCGAUUGAACAGUUCCAGCGGUUCCAGAAUGCCUUGUUUGAGCUGGAGCCAGUGGAGCGGGCGCUGAACGGAUGGAUCGACGGCUUGCGACGAGAUGACCUCAAGGAGCAGAAGUGUGCGGACGAACUCCAGCGCACGAUUGCGCUUAUGUCCCAUCUCGCUGAAGUUCACCUCACCAACGAGCUGCCCGACUUUGCCGAGGACACGUACAUGCAGACUGUCGUCAUGCAGAGCCAUCUUGAGUCUGCCGGAGCCACCUUUGCUGCUUUGCGUGGAAUGGUCCAGAGAGUUGUGCCCCCCGAGUCUGAAGACGAUGAGAUGGCGCAGCACUUUAGCAAGAAAUCCGAGUUUGUCGUUGCUCAGACCCGGAGUGCCAAGGUUAUUGCUGGAAAGGCUGUGCGGGCCCUGCAAGAUCUCAAGUCUCGCUCGCUGGCGUUGCCGCAAGAGACCAAGGAGUCCUUUGAGCAGUGCCAGGAUGCCACUCAACAGCUGGCAGCGUUGGCUCGUGAGAUUGGCUCCGACUUGCAUACGCUCCUACACGAGGAAGGCCGUAACGAGCCCUUUACGUACCGCGAAGUCCAGGAUACAAUCUCCAAGGCCACCACCAAGGUCACCAUGUCGAGCGAGUCCGACCUCUUCUCAACGUACCUGUCUAGGCUUCGUACUCUUACCAGCCAGAUCUCAGACCUGGCCGCACUUAGCGCAGAUUUGUCCCAGACGCAAGAGUUUGAAGUCAGCCCCGCACCGUGGAAGCUUCGUUCCCAGGAGCUCAAGGCCAUCAAGACAAUCCCCGUCGAUGCGGAGGAGGAGAUGCGCCGCCUUAAGGAGGAGCACAACGAAGCCCGCGUGGCGAUUGCGCAGCGCGACGAGAAUCUCAGCACGGCCAACCUCAAGAUUGAGACCCUCGAGUCGAGGAUGAAGGAUGCUAAUGCCAAGGCUUCCCGCAUUGAGGAUCUCGAGGCGCAGAUCGAGGCUGCGAAGCAAAAGGCUGCUAGUCUCAAGGAAGACAUUGAUAAGCAAGACCGCGAGCUCAAGACACUGGAGACGGACCGCGACAAGUGGAAAAAGAUUGCCGGCGACAGCAAGGCUUUCGCGGACGGCGCCGGUGCAGCGGGCGCCAAGGCCGGCCAGGAGCGGGCGGUUGCUACGGCGCGCGAGAUGGAUGCUCUCAAAAGCGAGAUUGCGAGCCUGCAGGCUGCCGUGCGAUACCUUCGCGAGGACAACAGGCGCGCCAGGACGACGGAGCAGCACAACUACGACUGGCUGGCGGAGCCGCUCACCAAGUCACCUUCCGUCGUGGAACAGCGCCGCGCCCUCGUCGUGGCGGAGGGCAAGGAUGUUCUCAGCGAGCUGGUCAAGUUCACAACGUCGGCCCGCGUAUACGACCUUGCUUCCCUGCCGGAGGACAAGCUCGCGUGGAAGCCAGCGCGCAGCACGCCGCAGUACCACGCGGCCAAGCAGAGGGAGGACCUCGCGGCGUGGAACAGCUGGCGGAACUCGGUGCUCAAGAAGUCCGAGGUCGUGCUAGGGCGCAAGGAUGGGGCGGCGGCGGAGAAGAGGCAGAUGAUGAAGAGCGUGGCGGCGAGAUUGCAGAUUCGUUUGCCGGACGCGGACGGCAAGAUGGUGCCCGGCGGCGGGAGGGAUGUGCAGAUUGUGGGAUCGCGCGAGUGGGAGGGGAUACAGGGCCGACUGGCGGCAGUAUGA